UACAAAUUCGUUUGAAGUUACUUUGUUUCCCUUGUUUUCUAUUUUUGGAUUAUAGGAUUUAAAGUUUAUUCCGUUAGUAUAUAUCAGUGUAUGUUCAUGUGGUAUGGAGGUGGUGUUGUGCGGAUAUAUUCAUAAGUAGAAUUGUUUAGACAUAAUAACUACUUUUCUUAAAUAACACCAACGAGGGAUAAAUAAUAAAAGAGCUCAACGAUUCAGUGAAACUUUCAAAGAUGUCUUGUGAUUGGAAAACCGCUUACAAAAAGAAUAGAGUUAAAAUUGUUGGAGGCUUGGCAAAUCCUGAUGCAGUUGCCGGUCUCCUUUUCCAGUCGGAAAUUUUUACUGACGAAAUGCACGAAAUUGUAAAACAAAUAGAUGAAAAUGAACAGAAAACGAGAAAGAUUUUAGACCUUUUAAACUAUCGAGGAAAGAAUGGUUUAGCCGCUCUUCAUCAAGCUUUUCUGGAUACUAGCAACAAGGAACUGGCUAAAGGUCUUGCGCCUUAUGUACUAGCAGUUGAAGAAGGAGACAAUAAGACGGAACCAAAAGAAUGGCCUCCGAGCGUCAAACAGGUAGAAGUUAUGCUGAAUGAUCCGGUUAUCAAGAUAAAAGAUACAAAAAGUCCAUUGUUUAUUCAUGAAUAUGGACAAGAGUACGUGUACACGAUUCAGAGUGAGCUUCGAGGAAAAGUUUUCAUUAUCAACAAUGUUAAUUUUAAGGGGCCAAUGCAAGAUCGGCCAGCCUCUAUAAAGGAUGCUGAGAAUUUGACCAAAUUGUUCGAGGAACUCCAUUUUACAGUGCUAAGAAAAGACGAUUUAACAUCACAAGAUAUGAAAUCGUUUCUGCUUGAAGAGGCUAAACAACUAGAUAAGGAGAAGUGUGCAGAAUGUGCUAUUUUGAUAAUAAUGAGCCACGGUAGCGGGACAAAAAUUUAUGGAGUUGAUUGCUGGCCAGUUGAGCUGAAAUCUUUAACAGAUUGUUUUUCAUCUGAAAAUUGUGAAAGCUUACAUGGAAAACCAAGACUCGUUUUUGUUCAAGCAUGUCGAUCUUACGACAAGAGUGACGUAACAGAAAAAUUUCAAAAAAUGACGACAGAACCACGCGAUGAAAUGGAUGCAGAACCCUCGAAACUUGAGGUCAAGGAGAAUAGAUCACCCAAAUGUACAUUUCCUGAUCACCCAUCAGCAGAUUUCUUAAUAGCAUAUGCUACGCCGGAAGGUACAAAAGCAUGGCUUCACAAUGAUGUUGGUUCCUGGUUUAUGAAUGCCAUUGUAUGGACUUUCAAAUAUCAUGCACAUGAAGAGGAAUUACACCAUUUACUAAUCAGGGUAAACAGAUUAGUUGGAAAAGGAUCUACACUAAAGAAGGAAAUGACUGUUGCUGAGGUGAAAUCCAAUCUCAGAAAAAAGUUCUUCUUUUUCCCAGGAAUACAUAGCAAAAUUCCAACACUGUUUUAAUAGUUAUGAUUGACAUGAAUAACUUGCUUAAUCGUGAGAAAAAUAAGAGUUAUACUAUAAUUAUGUCAAUCGUUUCUUUUUAUCAUUUAUUAAUAUAGAUGUGAAUUACUCUUAAUAAUUAUUAGUAGUAGUAGUGUUACUGUAUAAUAAGAUAUUUUUUCCUAUUUUGAAUAUAUAAAUUAAAGGUAGAUUCACUGUAUACCGCCAUCUUUGAUGGUGACAUAGCAGUACACAAUCAGUCUAGUUCUUUUACAUGUUUAAUUAAAACCGCAAGUUUUGAGACAGAUUGGCAAUUCAUUUGUAAGACUUUAUUUAAAAAUAGAAAAAUAAGUGAUUUAUUACAUUAUUCAUACUGUUCUUACAAAUACCAAAUAUUUAUUUGAGUUCGAUUAAUAUUUUCAACUAGCCGUUUAAGGGGAGAUAACUCUUAUAGUAAACAUUUGUAUAAAGGAUAUUCAACGUUAAUGAAAUUUUCAUAUGUUUACUUGUAGCAAGAAAACAAGUUCGGUGAUACCAUU